AUGCGUCUUUUCAAAUCAAUCUUUACCAAAAGCUACCACUCCUUAAACAACACUAGCGCUAGUCCUCUUGUCUCUCUCUUAAAAUCCCGGUCCGUAAUCCGGUUCAGCGGUCCAGACACAUUCAAAUUCUUACAAGGUUUGUUGACAAACGAUGUUAAAAAAUUCAGUGAACUCCCAAGCGAGACAACAUCGUAUGUGCCCACUCCAAAUUUGCCUUCCGUCUAUGUCCCUCCGAUGUACGCUGCGUUUUUGACUCCACAAGGGAGGUUCUUGUAUGAUUUGUUUUUGUAUAGAAAGCCUCGGACUGAGGAGAAGCUUGAUGGGUCCGGGUCGGGUCCCGGGUCGGAUUCGGGUGGGGAUUUGGAGUUGUUUGCUGAUGUGGAUAGUUCGGUUCUUGAUGAACUAUUGCAGACUUUUAAAAAAUACCGGCUAAGGUCUAAGGUUGAAAUUGAUAAUGUGGCAGAAGACUUCUCUUGCUGGCAGUGGUUUGGUGGAAACCUUGCUGAAAAAUCAAAAGCUGAAGAGGAACCAGAGGCAGCUAGUGUUGGCUGGGGCUCUGGUGUUGAUCAUUCUGCCAUGUCAUCUUCACAUGGGAAUGAUGUUGGAUGGCAAUGGUUUAAGGAUCCCAGAGUAGAUUGUCUUGGUUUCAGGGGUAUCUUUUCAUCUAAUGAGAUUCCACCUUUGGUUGAAUAUGACAAAGAAACAAAUGAACAAAAUUACCGAUUAUGGAGAAUUGAGAAUGGGGUUGCAGAGGGCUCAACUGAGAUUCCCAAAGGUGAGGCAGUUCCACUUGAAUACAAUCUGGAGGGUUUAAACGCAAUAAGCUUUGAAAAGGGAUGCUAUGUGGGCCAAGAGUUUAUAGCUCGGACACACCACAGAGGUGUCAUUCGCAAACGAUUGCUUUCUUUAGUGUUUCUUGAUGAUAGUGGAAAAGAUAUGGAGCACAGAGUUUCUCCGGGUUCAGAAGUCAUCAACACAGCAUCUGGAAAGAAAAUUGGGUCUGUGACAACUGCACUUGGCUGUAGAGGGCUGGGUGUUUUGCGGUUAGAAGAAGCCUUUAAAGGGUCGGGUUCAUUGACCAUACGAGGGCAGGAUGACAUAAAGGUUGAGGCCAUUAGACCAAAAUGGUGGCCUGCUGAAUGGUUUUCGGAGCAUCAACAGCAUGGUGCAGUGGCUUAG